GCUUUACGUCGUUGCGUCAACUCUCCAGUACCCCCGCCCCCUCCCCACCAUCACCGUUCUACAGAGGAAGAAAGGGGGAGACGGGCGACCUAUACAGAACGCUUUCACACAAAUAUGAGCGGCAGCGGGCGGCCCAGGACCAGCUCCUUCGCUGAGCCUCCCGGAGCUCCCGGAUCCGCUGCAGCCGGCGCCGGAUCGGCGGCAGCCGGCGGAAGCUCGACAGGAAAAACUGGGGCUUCACAAGCCAGUGGAAGCAGCUCGACGAGCUUUGGGAAUUUAAAACUUCCCAGAGACAGUGGCAAGGUGACAACGGUGGUAGCAACACCCGGCCAGGGCCCUGAUCGCCCACAGGAAGUGUCCUAUACAGACAUAAAGGUUAUAGGGAAUGGCUCCUUUGGGGUUGUCUACCAGGCUCGCCUCAACGACAGCCAGGAGAUGGUUGCAAUUAAGAAAGUUCUCCAAGACAAGAGAUUUAAGAAUAGGGAGCUGCAAAUUAUGAGAAAAUUGGACCACUGCAACAUUGUGAAGCUACUCUACUUCUUCUAUUCCAGUGGAGAGAAGAAAGAUGAAGUGUAUUUGAAUCUGGUGUUGGACUACGUCCCCGAGACGGUGUACAGGGUGGCUCGGCAUUUCAACAAAGCCAAGACCACCAUCCCCAUCAUCUAUGUUAAGGUGUACAUGUAUCAGCUGUUCCGCAGUCUGGCUUAUAUUCAUUCCCAGGGCGUGUGUCAUAGAGACAUCAAGCCCCAGAACCUCCUGGUGGACCCAGAGACGGCCAUCCUCAAACUCUGUGACUUUGGCAGUGCGAAGCAGUUAGUUCGGGGGGAGCCGAAUGUGUCCUAUAUCUGCUCACGGUACUAUCGCGCCCCAGAGCUCAUCUUUGGUGCCACCGACUACACGUCCAACAUCGACAUCUGGUCGGCCGGCUGCGUGCUGGCCGAGCUUCUGCUGGGCCAGCCCAUCUUCCCUGGGGACAGUGGCGUGGACCAGCUCGUAGAGAUCAUCAAGGUUCUGGGGACACCGACAAGGGAGCAGAUCCGGGAGAUGAACCCUAACUAUACAGAGUUCAAAUUCCCUCAGAUCAAAGCACACCCUUGGACAAAGGUGUUUAAGCCCCGCACCCCGCCAGAGGCCAUCGCCCUCUGCUCUCGACUGCUGGAAUACACGCCGGUGACCAGGCUGUCUCCCCUGGAGGCGUGUGCGCACCCCUUCUUCGAUGAGCUGCGUCAGCCCAACACCCGCCUGCCCAGCGGACGAGAACUGCCGCUCCUCUUCAACUUCAGUCCCGUUGAGCUGUCUAUCCAGCCCCAGUUGAACUCCACACUCAUUCCUCCUCACGCUCGUGCACAGACAUCGCCUGCUUCACAUGAGGGCAGUGUGUCAGACAGUACCGCCCAGCCCAGCUCAGCACCUGGAUCCAUCAACAACAGCACCUGAGCCGCCAUCCUUCUGCCGUCUUUUCUUUUUGUCUUCCCCAUUUUCCUUUUCUCUCCUCUGCUCUUCUCCCUCUCAACCUCCUCUCUGGCUCCAAACCCUUAAAAUAGAAGAUAUAUAAAUAUACACACCCACAUAAACACUCCCUGAAUUUUAAUAAUUUCCAAUAGAAAACACUUUCUUUGGCUGUCGGCUUCAGGGCGAUGUGGGGGUUGUUUUAAGAUAUUUAGGUCGCCGUGCUUGGGCUUGAAAUGAGCUGCAGUUCAAAGUCCACGCUGGCCCGUGUCUGGCCUGUUGGAAUAAGGAAACUUUACAAUGGUUGGGAUGUUUGGACAUUGAGGAGGGGGGCUGUCCAUGUUUUAUGGAUUUUCUGUAUUAUAAUAUACAAUUGACUUUUAUCCCUUUUAUGUUCAUUUUAUUUGCUGGUGCCAUUGAAUGCGAUCCUGAUUCACUACGGAGUUGAGUGAGGACCGUAUGUAAGGCCUGAGAAAUAUUGACAAUCAUCCUUAGUGUGGUCGAAAAUGGCACACUUGUAGUGAACAUGUUUGAUCGUACAACACAUGUAGAAUGUAGAGUCGUGACUUGUCACUUUCUACCCUGAACUCGACUCCAGCGUGGUCGGUCCACCCAGCCGAAGGCUGAAGAAAUGUAAAGAGUUCAUUUUAAAUCUCCCAAUUUGAUACCAGACAGAAGAUAUUGGCGGAUUUAUGGUUCAUUUUAGAUGAGAGUUGUUUUUAAAUUUUAUUACAAAUGAGGGCACCACAGCCUGUCUUUACAGUUUCUUUUUUAAUAUUAGCUCCUCAACUGCCUUUUAUGUAAAUGAGAAGGAGCACAGUGCACAUUUUCAGUUCCUUCAUUAUAAGUUCAUUUAUCGGUUAAGCUGGAAACCACGCAAUUCAUGUUGAUUCUCAAAUGAGUAUUACACAUCUCCAAAGGGAGCGGAGGUAGAGGGGCGGGUUGUGAGUCGCAUCCAGCCGUCACAUAACUCCACCAAGGGGAGCCGUGGACGUGGGGCUCCAGUUGCAUUGAGUACAGAAGCCUCAAUAAUGUCUCGCAUGUCAUAAACACAGUUGCUUAGCAUUGUAAAGUCACUUCAUCCGUUAAGUGACUUUACGGUGUUACGUUUCACAUCGGCUCGAUUAUGAGAGAAUCAGGUACAGAGACUACAGGCCGCUCACCUGGCUCGUCAUUACCACAGCUAGUACACACAGUAGUUGCUCAUGCAGGAUUUCAUUUAGUUUGGUUUGUGAGAGCUCUUUUGAAACCCUCCUCGCCCACUUCCCAAACAGCUGGCCGUGACGCUCGUAUCAUGUUCCUGGUGGUCAGAACUCAUCACAUUAUUUACUCAGCCGAACGGUCCACUGUCUUUCUUCCACCACGCAAAUGUGUUCAGCCCAAGUUGACUUCACACUAUAUUUCUUCCACUCAACCCAGUAAUAAUCAGAUGAGAAAUUAUGCUCAAAUCCCUGAAACCCAACUGCUUUUGGAGCCUCCCCUUCAUUCCUUUGUUCCUCCUCCCUCUGCCUUCUGCUUCCCUCUUUCCGCCUCCUUUUUUCACUGCUAAACUGUAAAUAUCAAGUACCUUUUAUUUUGUUAUUAUUGUUGUUCUUGUAAUUUUUUUUCUCUAGUAGACCGGCGCAGCAGCGGCCGGACUGUUUAUCCUCAGUCGCAGUCUGUAAAUACGAUUUCAUUUCAGUCCCUGGUUCAGGAGGGGAAAAACAGAACAAAACUUUUCAUUUUUUUCUCUCUCCCUCAAUUUCUCUCCACGACUUUCUGUUUCCCCCAUAAAUGUUGACAUAACUGUUUUAUUUAUUGUGUUUGUUGUUGUUUUUUAUCAGGGGAAGGGGGCGAUCAUUUCGUUUCCACUGGGGUGGUACAAUUAAGGGUUUAAAGUAUUUUUUUCCUCCUUAUUUUUAUUCACCAUUUUUGCUCAGCAAUGUCACAUGCAAAAUUAUUUCACAUCCAAGAUACUGUACUGAGAUCCAGACGUCGGUGUGUCCUAUCCAAUCAGUGGUCUCGUAUGUAUGCAGGUGCACAUGCUAGCAAACGGGUGGAACUCCAGUUUUUCAUUUAACUUCAAUGUGAAGGGAAUGUUACGAGCCUGUGGAUCUACGGGGUUUAGGGAGCAUGGAUCACCGUGUGUGCGAGUGUGAAUAAUGAAUUUGUCUAUUGACUUGAUCAUCUCCUGUGUCCGACCGUCUCCUGUUUUGGUUUACCGUAUGUAGUUGUGUGAGUGUAACGGGGUCGUCCUGUUAGAACAGUGUGUAUGCGUCACAGAUACUUAACCGGUUCCUUGAGCUCAGCUGCAGGGAAUGUGUGUGUGUAUGUGUGUAUGUGCUGGCAGACCAUGGACAUUAUCCUCAGUACUCCUGACUUUUUCCUAAAUGAAGAGCUGACUAAAUGUGCUAUUUUAAUGUUUAUUUACCAUCUUUUGAUCUGUCACACUUUGUUUUUAAUUUGCUGUGACCAUGCUCUUUUAUCACCUGUCUGAGGGUAAAAUGUCUUUGUUGGGAACAGAACGGUUGGAUAGAGGAGAUGAUGAAGAGAGAGGGAUGGAGGGAGAGAAACUGUUUUUUGUUUGUUGGUAUAAAUAAUUAAACUCAUUAAUAAAGUGAUGAAACUGU